AUGUUCCGGCGAGCGCACCGCGCGGCAUCCAAGCGCGCCGACUACAUCAUUGUCGGCGGCGGAUCGGCGGGAUGUGUACUGGCCAACCGUCUCUCGAAAUCCAACACCGUGCUCUUGGUGGAAGCUGGCCCGAGCGACCGGGGUAAAUGGGACUCUUGGAAGAUCAAGAUGCCCGCCGCCCUCACGUUCAACCUGGCCGAUGAUAAGUACAAUUGGGCGUACAAGACUGUGCCGCAAGCUCAUUUGAACAACCGACGGCUGGAAUGGCCGCGUGGACGUGUUCUCGGUGGCUCGUCGUCCCUCAAUGCGAUGGUGUAUAUCCGAGGCCAUGCGCAGGAUUACAACGACUGGGAGGCAGCUGGAGCCACGGGAUGGAGCUAUGCCGACGUUCUCCCGUACUUUAAGCGAGCGCAAUGUCACGCGUUGGGUGCAGAUACGUACCGCGGAGGGGACGGCCCGCUUCAUGUGUCGCGGGGAUCGCAGCACGACCAAGUUCUGUUCCAAGCAUUCAUCGACGCAGGAGUCGAAGCCGGGUACCCCUUCACCGACGACAUGAAUGGUUUCCAGCAAGAGGGCUUUGGAUUUAUGGACAGCACGAUCCACAACGGAGUGCGGUGGAGUUCGUCCGCGGCGUAUUUGCAUCCCAUCCUGCACGAGCGGAAGGAUACCCUCACCGUUGUGACAGAUCAACUCGUCCACCGUGUGGUGGUGGACGCCGUGGGUGUAGCUCAAGGCAUCGACGUCCAGCCGAACAGAUCCAAGUCGAGCGACGUUGAAUUCUACCAGGCGGACAAAGAGGUCAUCGUGUGCGGUGGGGCCGUCAACUCGCCGCAGCUGCUGCUGCUUUCGGGCAUCGGUCCCGCCGACGACAUUCACGCGGUGGGCAUUCCCGUGGUCGAGCACCUCCCGGCUGUGGGCCAGCACCUCGAGGACCAUUUGGACUUGUACAUUCAAUUUGGCGUCACACAGCCCAUCACGUUGCACAAUGCGACAUGGGCGUAUCCGCACAAGAUGGUCGCGAUCGGGCUCGAGUGGGUCGUCAACCAGACCGGAAUGGGCGCGUCGGCCCAUUUGGAGUCGGGGGGGUUCAUUCGAAGGCAAGGCGCUUCCAGCCCCGGACGAACUCGCGCGGGCCUGCGGCAGCCCGACCUCCAGUUUCACUUUUUGCCAGGCGCGCUCACGGGCCAACUCACCCCCGGCAACCAGCACGCGAUGCAGACGCAUUUGAGCCCGAUGCGUGCCACGAGUCGAGGAUCGGUCACGUUGGCGUCGGCAAAUCCCCGCGAUGCGCCUCGGGUCGACCCGAACUACCUCAGCACGACGCAAGACGUUGAAGAUAUUCGCCGCGGCGUCCUGCUGGCCCAAGAAUUGUUUCAGCAAAAAGCGAUGGAUCCAUUCCGAGGCGACCCGAUCUCCCCUGCGACCCUCUUUGACGCAUCCGACGCGUCGACAAUUGAUGCAUGGGUGCGCCAGCAUACGGAGAGCGCUUACCAUCCGAGCUGCACCGCCCGCAUGGGCAGCGACGUCACCACGAGCGUUGUCAAUGCCAAGUGCCAGGUCCACGGCAUCGAUCGCCUGCGGGUGGUGGACGCGUCGAUCAUGCCCAACAUCGUCAGCGGCAACUUGAACGCCCCCGUCAUCAUGAUGGCUGAAAAGGCGGCCGACAUGAUCCUGGGCAAUGCCGCGCUGCCUCCGGCGACCGACGUCCGGGUCUACGUCCCGCCCAACUGGGACACACGUCAGCGGUAG